AUGGAGAGCGCAAAGAACUAUUACAACAAGCAAUACGAGAACUGGGUGCCGUGGAUCGAAGACAAAGUCCUCGGCUGGUGGGGUGACAACAAGACUAGCUAUGUUGCCAAAGACAAACUCAACCAAACCAAAAUCACCGGCGAUAAGAACGUCGAUGCGAUCCAAGACGGCGUCAACGAAGGAGUCGGCGGCCAGCUCGGAAAGGGUGGCCUGCUUGAAGGCGUGGGCAAUUUGACUUCGAAAGAAGUCUUUACUCGCUCAGAGCGCCAGGGAAAGAAUGACAAGGGCGGCUUCAUCUGA